AAGUCAACCAAACCACCUCGAUCAAAAUGAAGUCCGCCAUUGCCUUCUCCGCUCUCAUUGCCAGCGCUCUCGCCGCCUCUCCCUUCCAGCUGAUUAUCAGCGACUCGCAGUCCCGCACCAGCGAACUCCAGAACCGCGCCCUGAUCAGCCAAGGCGACGCCUUCAUCGUGGCUCCCAACGGCGACCACGGUAUCAACUUCGUCGGCGGUGAUGGUACUCUGGGCAUCCAAAACGGCGAUGUCGUCUACGUCGGCACCGACGGCCACGUCGACCUCAAGAGCAUCAACGGCAUCGCCGCCGGCGGCUUGACCGAGGGUUUCACGACCGGCAGCAACAACGUUCUCGAGUGGGCUCAGGGCUCCGUCUACGCCUGCCCUCAUGUCUCCCUCUACGCGGCGGGCCCUCCCACCUACAUGAUCUACGUCGACCGGUCCGGUGCUACUCUUCCCGAUGGCUGCAUUGAGGUCGAGCUGACCAAGAAGGCUAUCUAA